AUGGCAACCAGGCCGAAACCACAGAAACUACACAGAAAACCAAGGAAACGAAAGGUACCGUAUGUCGAUCCCGUUCUCGAAGAGGAAAGAGCCAAAAGAGUCGCGGUGGUGCAAGCGAAAAGACAAAAGGUAAUAGACAGGAUCAGGCUUUCAUUGGAAAAUAGGAGGAAGGACAAGAUAUUCAUAGAAAAUGCACGUUUCGAUAAAGAAGAGAGGGACAGACGGAAAGCGAUUAGGGAUGGCCGGAAAACGGGGAGCGAGAAGAUUAUGUUACAGAUUCGCAACGACUUGAGCCAAAUUAUCGAGACUGGUAUCAGGUGCGUGUACACGUCGGUGAUAAUACCGGAGAAGAUCAAGUACGACGGUCGAUCAAUUUUGUCGAUAAAAGGCGUCAAGUACAGGCUGCAACAUAAUUUGCAUAUCGUUGGCUGGGGAAAGGAGGCAGUGACGAUGAGCUCGGCGUUCGAGCGAAUCGUCGGCAAACAGUUGAGGAAAGGUUGGCUGGUGGUGCCACGUAAAUCCAUUUUCAUGAUGUGGAGCUUUCCAGAGGCAUUCCCACCCUUGGACAGUCGUAUCUCGUACGUUGAAGCCGGGGCCGAUGGACACGCGGACGAAAAGUCCGUGAUAGCCACUAGAAGGAUCGUAAAUUAUUGUAAAAGAUUGAAGAAAAGGGAUUUGCUGAUCGUGAUGCUCUCGCAAGGAAUUGAUGACCUUCUUUGUCUCCCACGAGACACUAUUACAUUGAGGGAUAAGCUCCGUGUGUUGAAUAGGUUGAAAGCUGCGAAAGCCACUCCGGAAGAGAUAAAUACCGUGAGAAAUAAGCUUUCCGCGAUUAGAGGAGGCGAUCUAGCCCGAAUCGCUUACCCCGCAAGAGUCGUAACUUUAAUCACGUCGGACGUUUCCGCGGAGCCGAAGUCCCAGCUAUCAGGCGGGCCGUGCGUGUACGAUCCAAAAGGCGAGAAAGCUCUCGCGAUACUAACGAAAUACGGACUGCUGAACAGAGUGUCCUUGAGCGUGCGAGAGCUAGUGGAAGAGACAAUUCCGUGGACGAUGGCUGCCGACAAGCAGCUGGACGCGAAUAAAAAGUACAAGUUCGUUCACGAGUACGUGAUCGCCUGUAACGCGGACGCGAUGGAGUGCAUGGCCGUGGAAUCGUACAAGCUGGGCAUGUUCCCGGUGAAAUUGAAUUCAAUCUGUUCCGGGGAUAUCCAAGAGUUUGCUCGUGAAUACGUUAAAAUGACCUCGUUGAUGAUUCUGGCCGUCGAGGGGAAGGUCGAUAAACUGGAGAUGUUUCAGGAAAUGAAAGACAGCCCCGUCUGCCCUCUGACCGACGAAAAGGUCCAGGAGAUAUUCCCCGCGAAAGAACACUGGGGCUUGGGAUUGUGUCUUCUGUUGGGUGGACGACCAACCGUGAACCUUUGCGACGAACCCGGACAAGGUGGACCUAACCAAGAACUGGCGCUAUACUUUUCACUGUAUUGGUACCUGCGUACGCAGCAGUAUCCGAUUUUAAGAGAGUACACCGUUUGGUUUUUGGGUGGUAGCUCUUACGGGAAAGACGGCAACACUCCAGCAGCUGGUGCCUACGGCUAUAAAAGCUUGAGCACCGAUGUUUAUCCGGAGUUUGACAAAGCGAAAAGUGCGUUCAAUGCCGCGUACGCCAAGUGGUGGAAACUUAACGAGGAGAGACGCUUCAGAAGUAAAAUAGCGGACGCCUACAGAGAAAUGCAAGAGUUCAAGAGCAUAAGAAACAAGUACGUCGAUAUUCUACCUGAACGUGUUUUAGCCGAAAACAACACGAAUCUGUUGUUCUCGAGCAUCAACGACGAAGACGAAUUGCUGGAACUGAAAACUGGGAAUUAUUAUACGUUUACGAACGUCGGGGAUCUUCACGUCAUACGAAUUGUCCGCUUUCAAUGUAACUGCGAUGGAGUUUGUCACGGGCAUCAAGAGAAGGUUUGCACUGAUGUCGAAUGCCCGGUUCAUCAAUCGUUAUCAGCAGAGGCCCAUUCGAAGCUUCAAUAUUGCUGUCGCAUUGGCGCGCGAAAGGAUUGA